GCUGCACCCGGAGGAGGUCGCCGCGCGGCUGCAGCGGAUGCGCCGGGAGCUGAGUAACCGCAGGAAAAUCCUGGUGAAAAACCUGCCCCAGGACAGCAGCUGCCAGGAAGUUCACGAUUUAUUACAAGACUAUGAGUUAAAGUAUUGUUAUGUGGACAGAAAUAAGCGCACAGCAUUUGUUACCUUGUUGAAUGGGGAACAAGCCCAGAAUGCAAUUCAGAUGUUUCAUCAAUAUUCUUUUCGAGGAAAAGACUUAAUAGUCCAGCUCCAGCCAACAGAUGCUUUGCUGUGUAUUACCAACUUGCCCACUUCCUUUACAUUAGAAGAGUUUGAAGAACUCGUUCGAGCUUAUGGGAACAUUGAGAGAUGUUUUCUGGUCUACAGUGAAGUUACUGGCCAUUCCAAAGGCUAUGGAUUUGUGGAAUACAUGAAAAAGGACUUUGCUGCAAAGGCUAGACUGGAGCUGUUGGGCAAACAGCUGGGGGCUUCAGCUCUCUUUGCACAGUGGAUGGAUGUUAAUCUAUUGGCCGCAGAGCUCAUUCAUUCUAAGUGCCUUUGUAUAGAUAAACUCCCUACUGACUAUAGGGAUUCAGAGGAGCUGUUGCAGUUUUUUUCCACUAUCCAUAAACCUGUGUUUUGCCAGCUUGCGCAGGAUGAAGGCAGUUACGUCGGGGGCUUCGCGGUGGUUGAGUAUAACACUGCGGAGCAUGCUGAGGAGGUUCAGCAGGCCGCCGAUGGCAUGACCGUCAAGGGAAGCAAAGUCCAAGUUUCCUUCUGCGCCCCAGGAGCACCAGGGCGAAGUACAUUAGCAGCGUUGAUAGCAGCUCAACGAGUGAUGCACAGUAAUCAGAAGGGCUUACUUCCAGAGCCAAAUCCUGUACAAAUUAUGAAGAGUUUAAACAACCCUGCCAUGUUACAAGUUCUUCUACAACCCCAGCUCUGCGGGCGAGCUGUUAAACCAGCCGUUCUUGGAACACCUCACAGCUUGCCACAUCUGAUGAACCCACCCAUCUCCCCUGCACUUUUACAUCUGAAUAAAGCACAUCAGAGCUCAAUUAUGGGUAAUACUUCUAAUUUGUUCCUUCAGAACCUUUCCCACGUACCACUGGCACAGCAACAGUUAAUGAAGUUUGAGAAUAUUCAUACUAAUAACAAACCGGGCUUGCUCGGCGAACCCCCGGCCAUGGUGCUUCAGGGCGCAGUGGGGCUCGGGCCAGCCCUGCCCUUGAAGACGGAGUUGGGCCACCACGGGGACGCGCAUAAAACAUCUAAUCUGAUUCCAACUCAAACAACCAUAACAGCUGGAAUGGGCAUAUUACCUUUCUUUCCAAAUCAGCACAUUACUGGACAAGCUGGGCCAGGGCAUGGAAAUACUCAGGAGAAACAGCCAGCCUCCGUGGGAGUAGCAGAAGGAAAUUUCUCAGGGUCACAGGCUUAUCUUCAGAGCUUUCCAAACCUUACUGCUGGAGGUUUGCUGACAGGACACCAGAAGCAACAACAGAGUCAGCCAAAAGGCUCAGAGGCUGCCUCUAAGAAUCAGACUUCACUCUUGGGAGAACCACCAAAAGAAAUUCGGCUCAGUAAAAAUCCAUACUUGAACUUGGCAAGUGUGUUGCCCAGUGUGUGCUUAUCAUCCCCUGCAAGUAAAACCACUCUGCAGAAGACUGGAAUUGCAAGCAACAUUCUGGAGGCAAUCUCUCAGGGAAAUGAAUCACAACACACGUUGGAAAAGUGCACUGCUUACUCUCAGCCUUUUGGUGAUUACGCACAGGUGUCUUUAAGAAAUGAAAAGCGAGGCUCAUCUUAUCUCAUCUCUGCCCCAGAAGGAGGUUCCGUGGAACUUGUUGACCAGCAUUCUCAGGGCACUGGAGCACAUUACAUGGAGACCUACUUAAAAAAGAAGCGCGUGUACUGAGUUAAGUUCUCUCCUUACAUAACCUCCUAAGGUUCUUUGCAGUAUCUCUGCUGUUCAUCGCUGCCUUAACUACAUUCAUACUAGCCAUAUCCUUUUAAAUACGGGUUUAUAAUUUCCCAGAAGGAAAUGUGUUGUGCAGCAGGCAGAAUUGCCAAAUAAAAAGUAAGUAGCAAUAAGAAGAGACAUCAAUUGGGGACAUUUUCCAAUAGGAUUAGAUGCAUCUCAAUCAAUAUGGUAUUAACUUACAGUCCAUCAUAGAAAUGAACACUAUUGUUUUAGGACUGGGAAUAAUUUUGACACCAUAUAUAAAAGUUUGAAGCAAUAAAUGGGAAACGGUCUUGUUUCCUGGGCCUUAGAAGAAAGUUUCUUACAAGCCAGUGUGUAUUUCUAUUUACUUUCCCUAGAAGUAAUCGUUUAUAGAUUUUUAGAACUACAAGAAUACAAGUACAAAAUGCAGCAGUGGUAAUGUUUAAAAAUAGAUGCUCUACAUGCAAACUAAAUUAUUACGCCCACACCAGCCAUGUACUAUAAAACCCACACCUGAGUGAUAACGAUGUCUGGGAUACAUUACCACAGAGUCUGUGCUCUCAGUAUGUUAUGAACCAUUUAUGCCUUUUGUGAAAAACAAGGUAUUUUAAGAGAAGUAGCUUUGGUGAUCUAAUUUCAGGGGGUGGCAAACCACACCCUGGGGUUCAAUUCAGUCCUCCACCUGUUUUUGUACAGACUACAAGCUAAGAAUGAUGUUUACAUUUUUAAGUGGUUGGAGGAAAAAUGAAAAUUUUAUAACUUUAAAAUUAUAUGAAAUUCAAAUCUAUGUCCACACAUAAAAUUUUACUGGAACACAACCAUGCUUAUUCACUUACGUAUUGUCUGAGUUUCAAAUAUUUACUAUCUGGCCCUUCACAGAGAAAGUUUGCUGACCCCUGAUCUAAAAGUACUAGUUCCCUAAAGAAAGACCAUUAACUUUUGCAGCUGAAUUAAGUGGCAAGGAACUUGGAUUUCUGUCUAAUAAUGAUCUAAUUUCUAGAACAGGGCAUAUUUUGAUCAUUAAAUGUGCUAUUUCCACAAUAUCACAAUAAAGCAGUCAAUACUGUCCUUUCUGAAGGAGUCUUAUGGAGUAACAGUAUUUAUAACCAUUUUCAGCUAAUAAGCUUUACCUCACUCUCUGCUUUGUCUCUUAUUCUUUUGUAGUAUGUUAGGCUAAAAAAUUGUCUAUUGCAUAUCACUUUUGACAUCACCAUUUCCUGACGACUUUGGUAUUAAAUGCAUGAGAAACCCAUCAUCUAGAAAUAUCUAUGUUUGUUCCUCAUUUUGAGGCUGUAAUUGAUGUUAGAGUUUAGGGGUCUCAGUGAGCCUAAUCUUUUUGAACUCAGAUCGUUCAAUAUCUUGUAAUUUGGGGGACUUAUUUUUGACCAUGAUAUAAGGUAUCUAUCCUGUUUUAACUAUGAAGUUAAAAAUUGGUACAUAUGUUGUAUGAUUUGUAAAGAAUAUUACUUGGUCUAAUUUAUUGCAUAUAUUAACUUUUGGAAAAUGACAGUUAGAAAGCUAAACUACAAAGGAUACUACCUAUGAGUAACCGAUCGGGAUAGGCAUCACUCAGUUAUGUAUGACUCAGCAGGUGAAUAAAGGAUUCUCCAUGCUCUGCGUUAAGCUUCUUUAGUGCUUAGUCACACCUCUGAUAGUACAAGCAGAAGAAAAGGGAGACGGUGAAUUUUAAUUCAGAGCUUCGGGAAGAGGUUGAAAGAACUAGAAGGUGUUUUGGAUUACAGCACAUGUGGAUCUGCCAUCUGUACUGGCCUGUGCCCCACUGUCAUUGGACAUAACAGAUAAGUACAAAUCUAGUGUUGCUAGUAAUAAGGACCCUUCCCAAAGACCAUAUUGUUAUUUUUCUAAGUAAACAAGCUGUUUGAAAUGCUUUGAAAAUGGAGUCUUAAUAUUAAAAGGCAUAUGCAUGUGA